CACUCUCAAUGAACACAAGUAGCCUCACUUGGCAUUUGGGGGGAUUCUUCAACCAAAGGAGGCUCGUCCUCCGGGAUUGCCAAGCACUGUGAGCGGUACAAGAGACGAAGGUGGCAGAGCUGCGGUUUCUCCCACCAGCCUGUACAGAGAGGUCGCGGGAGUUCCCCCAGGAAGGACCUGAGACUGAGAGACGCAAUGGGAGGUGCACCCUUUGCACGCGUUUGGAGCCAGUAGAGGAAUCGGGCGACUCGGGCGUGUUUCCUGCGGACCCGUGAGUACUCUGCGUCUCCCUGCCGGGAGCGACCGGAGCCUGAGAACUUUUGGAGAACUCUCCUAGCGAGACCGCGAGAACUUGACCGCUCCCCUCUCUGCAGAACCACUGCCACCUCCUUCUGCCAACGGGAUGGAAAGCAAGCACGGGCGCUGACCAGCGCCGCCCCCUUGAGACCCGGGAGGUGGAGAUCCCUGGGGCCAGCCAAACUCAACUCCCAUCUUCUCCUCCCCGUGUGCCUAUAUUCCCAAGCCCCCUCCUCCUUCCCCUUUCCCGCCUCCGUAAAGACGGGGGGAGGAGGAGGAGAAAAGGGGCGACCAAGUCACCAUGACUGAGUUGAAGGCAAAGGAUCUUCGGGCUCCCCACGUGGCAGGCGGCGUGCCCUCCCCAACCCAGGUCGGAUCUCCCUUGCUGGGUCGCUCCGACGGGGGCCCCUUCCACGGGAGUCAGUCCUCGGCCGACCCGCCCAUCUCCCUGGACCGGCUGCUCUUCCCUCGGCCGGGCCCGGGGCGGGAGCACCAGGACGCAAAGACGCCCGACCCGCAGUCGCUCGCGGACGUGGAGGGCGAAUAUUCCGGGGCUGAAGCCUCCAGGAGCGCCGGCGGCGGUAGCUCCGGGCCCCCAGAAAAGGACAGUGGCCUGCUGGACAGUGUUUUGGACACGUUGCUGGCAACGUCGGGUCCCGGCCACAGUCACGCCAGCCCUCCCUCCUGCGAGGCGGCCAGCCCUUGGGGUCUCUUUGGCCCCGAGCUUCCCGAAGAUCCCCGGGGCGCCCCAGCCAUCCAGGGGACUUCGUCUCCACUCAUGAGUCGCCCAGGAGGCGGCAAGGUAGGCGACGUCGCCGGAGCGGCUGCAGCCCACAAAGUGAUGCACCGGGGGCUCUCGCCGUCCCGCCAGCUGUUGCCCCAAACGCCCGGGGCCCCUGCGUGGUCCGGGACCCCAGUCAAGCCAGCGCCGCAGCCUCUGGCGGUGGAGGGGGAGGAGGAGAGCGGCCCGGAGGCCGAGGGCUCGGCGAGCCCCCUGCUGAAGGGCAAACCCCGGUUUCUGGGAAGCGCGGUGGCCGGAGGAGGAGGAGGAGGAGCGGCGGUCAGCGUGCCCGGGGUGGCGGCAGGAGGCGUCGCCCUGGUCCCCAAGGAAGAUCCCCGCUUCCCGGCGGCGCCCCGGGGGGAGCAGGAUGCGCCCGUGCGCUCCCCGCUGGCCUCCUCGCGCAUGGACUUCAUCCACGUGCCCCUGCUGCCCAUCAACCCGGCCUUCCUGGCGGCGCGCACCCGGCAGCUCCUGGAGGGCGGCGCCGAGAGCUACGACGGCGGGGCCGCGGCCCCCAGCGCCUUCACCGCGCCGCCGCGGGGCUCGCCCUCCGCCUCGUCCACCCCCGGCCCGGGCGGCGACUUCCCCGACUGCGCGUACCCGCCCGACGGCGAGCCCAAGGAGGACGCGUUCCCGCUCUACGGCGACAUCCAGCCCCUGGCCCUGAAGAUCAAGGAGGAGGAGGAAGGCGCCGAGGCCGCCGCGCGCCCCCCGCCGGAUUCAGAAGCCAGCCAGAGCCCACAGUACAGCUUCGAAUCUUUACCUCAGAAAAUUUGUUUAAUCUGUGGGGACGAAGCCUCAGGCUGUCAUUACGGCGUCCUUACCUGUGGCAGCUGUAAAGUCUUCUUUAAAAGAGCAAUGGAAGGGCAGCAUAACUAUUUAUGCGCUGGAAGAAAUGACUGCAUUGUUGAUAAAAUCCGCAGAAAAAACUGCCCAGCAUGUCGCCUUAGAAAGUGCUGUCAGGCUGGCAUGGUCCUUGGAGGUCGAAAGUUUAAGAAGUUCAAUAAAGUCCGAGUGAUGAGAGCACUAGAUGCUGUUGCUCUCCCGCAGCCAGUGGGCAUUGCAAAUGAAAGCCAGGCUCUAAGCCAGAGAAUCACUUUUUCACCAAAUCAAGAGAUACAUUUGGUACCCCCACUGAUCAACCUCUUAAUGAGCAUUGAACCAGAUGUGGUCUAUGCAGGACAUGACAACACAAAGCCUGAUACCUCCAGUUCCUUGCUGACCAGUCUUAAUCAACUAGGCGAGAGGCAACUUCUUUCAGUAGUCAAGUGGUCUAAAUCACUGCCAGGUUUUCGAAACUUACAUAUUGAUGACCAGAUAACUCUGAUCCAAUAUUCUUGGAUGAGCUUAAUGGUGUUUGGGCUAGGAUGGAGAUCCUAUAAACAUGUGAGUGGGAAGAUGCUGUAUUUUGCGCCUGAUUUAAUACUAAAUGAACAGCGGAUGAAAGAGUCAUCGUUCUACUCAUUAUGUCUUACCAUGUGGCAGAUCCCACAGGAAUUUGUUAAGCUUCAAGUGAGCCACGAAGAGUUUCUCUGUAUGAAAGUACUGCUACUUCUCAAUACAAUUCUCAAACUUGUCAAACAACUUCAUUUAUACUGCUUGAAUACAUUUAUCCAGUCUCGGGCUCUGUGUGUUGAAUUUCCAGAAAUGAUGUCUGAAGUUAUUGCUGCACAAUUACCGAAGAUCUUGGCAGGGAUGGUGAAACCUCUUCUCUUUCAUAAAAAGUGAAUGUCAUUUGUUUUCUUUUAUAAAAAUUUAACUUUGUGGAAUGUCUUGAUGUUUUUGUCUGUCAAUAUUAUGAGAUCUCUGUUUUUACAAUAUUCUGCUUAAAGCCUUACAUUUAUAACAUAUCAUAUAAUAUAGAUUCAAAGAAUAAUUGUGAAGUUCUAACUUUCCUU